GGAAGCGGGCGGCGGCGGGCGGGAGGAGCGGCGAGAUGCCCCACGCGCGUCCGGAAGAGGCUGCGCCCCGCCCGGGCUGCCCGAGGGAGGCUGGUCCGGCUCCGGGAGACGCCCGGGACCCCCUCGAGGAGGACUGGCAGGUGAUGGCGCAGCGGGUGGCGGAUCACAUGCCCUUCUUCCUCCACGAAGCCAACGCGGAGGCGGGACUGCUUUGCGCAGAUGUGGACAACAGGCCUUGCUGGUUUUGCGCGGCUGCAGCCAAUGAUGACUACAGUGACGAUGAUUGGGGGAGCGACGAGGAGGAACUGGAGGAAGAGAGGGCCCAGAAUGCCAGCCCAGCCACAUUCUGUGGCUUCAAGAAAUCCUUCCUUUGCAAGCCGCCUGCCUUUGCCCUGCCAGCAAGCAGCAGCAGUAAAGACAGCCCUCUGCUGAGCAUUUCUCUGCCCCAGAAGCAGCUGCUCACAGCUGAGGAAGCGGCGAGGAAUGCAGCAGAGUUGGUUGCUGAAGAGGAGCGCAUCAAGAAGAAGGCUGAGAAGAAGAGGAUGAAGAAGAAGAGGCAGAAGGACCGGAAGAAGCAGGAAAAGCGAGAGCAGGAGCUGAUGGCCAAGAGCAUAGCUGAGGCAGAUGAGUAUUUGAACAGCAGCAGCAGUGGUGUGCAAGGUUCUGCCUGCCUGGCUGCCAUUCCGAGUGCCUUGGGACCGGCCCGGCCCGAUUCAGAGGAGAGCUCCACCCAGGACCUCAGUGAGAACAUGGCUUCCCCGGGCAGGAGUCCCAGCAGGAGCACAGAGGAGGAAACGGAGGAGGAGCUUGAUCUGACCAGCACUUUUGUAUCGAAAGCUCGUCUCAAGGUGGGCUCCAAGCCCCCACUGCCGCUGCCGAGAAAGGAGAAGGCGGCCCAGCCGGACAGAAAGGAGCCAGAGGUGAAAGAGCAGGCGCAGGUUCCGAAGUCUGGGCUCCAGAUGACUCCGGUGGAGCAGAGCAUGGUGCUGGCAGAUUGCGGCAACGAGACUGCCAAGCAGGGGGGCUACCAGGAGGCCGUGCUCCUCUUCACAGAAGCCGUCAAGCUCAACCCGCGGGAAUACAGGUUCUUUGGGAAUCGCUCCUUCUGCUACGAGAGGCUGCGCUGCUACGCGGAGGCUCUGCGGGACGCCCAGGUGGCCCUCAGCCUGCACCCCGGCUGGCCCAAAGGCCUCUUCCGCAAGGGCAAGGCCCUCAUGGGCCUCAAGCGUUACGCAGAGGCCGUGAGGACCUUUGAGGAGCUCCUGCACUUUGACGGCUUCCGUGGAGACGCCGCCGUCCAGCUGGAGAAGUGCCGGGUUCAGCUUCUGCUGGAAAAUGGUUUUGGCUCCUACCCUCCCGAGUGGAACGUCCGUGCCAGAGAAUCCUCCUUGCCCCGGGCUGGUGAGCAGCCAGGUGGGCAUUCCGUCAGAAGCAUCUCCCAGGCCAGAGGGCACCUGGCACCUCUCACCAUCACCAGCUCUCAGGGCAAAGGGAUGCUGCCAUUGGCUGCGCAGGCCCCAGUCAGGGAGAGGUUUCCCGUGUGGGUGGGGAACCUGACGCCCGCCAUCACCCAGGAGGUCCUGCUGUGCUACUUCCAGCCGUUUGGGCCCAUUGACUCCAUCCGCUGCCUCCCGCGAAGGUUCUGCGCCUUCGUCAACUACACCUGCCGGGAAGCGGCCGAGGAAGCCUAUGUGGCGUUGCAGGGCGUGGAAGUCAGAGGCUGCCACCUCGUCCUGCAGCUGAAGCACCCGGUACACGCCACUCCUCCCCUUGCCAAGGCACCCGGAGCGCCUCCGAAGCGGGAGAUUCCUCUGGGCUCCCCCGCCUUCCUGAGCUCCUCCUGGCUCCGCCGCCUCGGCCACCUCCCUCAGUGAAACACCUCGGCGGAGAAGUUGCUGUGCUUGCAAGCCGACAUCCCGGCUGGGCCCCUCGCGGCUGAAGAUGCGGAAGAUGUGGGGACAGGCCUGUGGGCUGCACCCUUCCUGCGGGUCGGGGGGGGGGACUGGUGGUGGAGGACACAAGCGCAGUUGCCUGUGGGAGCCCCCCAGGCAUGUGGGACUGUUGGGUGGGCUGUGGCCUCUGCCUUCUCCAAGGCUGCCCCUGGCCAUUUGAUCUCCCUCAGGGAAACUGAGGCCGAGGACUGGGGCGGUUGGGGGGGGGGCUCUGCCCUCCUGUUGCUCCUGGGAGCCCUCCCUUCUCCAAAGCAGGUAUCUGCCCCCACCGGGUGUGGAAUGAUGCACCUGCAGUGGGGCAGGCAGCUGCCUCUUCAGCCCCCCCCCAACUCUACUGCCUCUGUGGGGCUUAAGUCCUCUUCUGCUUCGGUUCCUUUGAGCCCUGCCCCUCCCUGAACCCCAUGCACUGGGUCCUGGUGAGAAUGGGGAGGGCAGGAAGUUGUCUGUGUGUGGGUCCCCCUGCCUGAGGGUGUGGGGCUGGUGUUGCUGGUGGGUGGCCUUGGGGUGCCCCCUCGUUUGUGGGGCCCAGAAGGCAGGAGCGUUCUCCCCCUGCCCUUUUGGUUCUGCUCCGUGUGUUCAGGGAUUUGUGCCUGCCACGUGGUUUUUACACUGUUCACAAUAAACUCGUUAAAAGCCG